GCGAAAGUGCGGCUGCGGAAGCGCGGCGAGGCGGACGGCGGCGACGGAGGAAGCUGGGAGGCGGCGGGCGCUUGAGGGGCCGCGCCGACGCCAUGGGCCGCCUGCACUGCACGCAGGACCCCGUGCCCGAGGCCGUGGGCGGCGACAUGCAGCAGCUGAACCAGCUGGGCGCGCAGCAGUUCUCGGCCUUGACAGAAGUGCUUUUCCACUUCCUAACGGAGCCAAAAGAGGUGGAAAGAUUUCUGGCUCAGCUCUCUGAGUUUGCCACCACCAAUCAGAUCAGUCUUGGCCCUCUCAGAAGCAUUGUGAAAAGCCUUCUUCUGGUUCCAAAUGGUGCCUUGAGGAAGAGUCUCACAGCUGAUCAGGUCCGGGCUGAUUUCAUGACUCUGGGUCUUAGUGAGGAGAAAGCCACUUACUUUUCUGAAAAGUGGAAGCAGAAUGCCCCCACCCUUGCUCGAUGGGUCAUAGGACAGACUCUGAUGAUUAACCAGCUUAUAGAUAUGGAGUGGAAAUUUGGAGUGACAUCUGGGAGCAGUGAACUGGAAAAAGUGGGAAGUAUUUUUUUACAACUCAAGUUGGUGGUUAAGAAAGGAAAUCAAACUGAAAACUUGUACAUAGAAUUAACCUUGCCUCAGUUCUACAGCUUCCUGCAUGAGAUGGAGCGAGUCAGAGCCAGCAUGGAGUGCUUCGGCUGAUUUCUGGCCCCCUUCCCUGCCCCCUUCUCUUCCAUGGGUGGCUGCUCGAAGAGGCGCCUCACCCACAGGUCUGUGGGGUACUGAUAACAGCCCUGCUUGCUUCUUGGGAACCCAGGUGCAAAGGUUUCUGGAAAACAACCGGAUUAAGUACUUAAAGAGCCCUACACGAUUACUCUGAAUUCUUUGUUCAGGGAACCUCCAGCACCUAUCUCCCAGGACACUUUUUAGGUAUUCAGACAGGCUGUCACAUCUCAGAUUCAGGGGAGGAAAUAAGUUGUCACUUCCCCAUCAGAGUUUCGGAGUAAACAGAUGGUGCCAUCACUCAAGAUGCACGCUGACCCCCCCUCCCCUCAAAAAAGCAAAGGCUUAUUUAUGGCUGAGGAAGAGGCAGACUCGACGGCUGCCACGCGUGGGGAGCCCCCAGCAGUCUUGGUGUGCACGCCGCCUUCGUGGUGGUGGUGGUGCAUGGCUAAUCAGCUUUUAAUGGGGCACCUGUGUAUAAACACUUGCUCUGCUGCUCUGAAAAAACUGAGGCCUCUGUCCUCAUUUCGGGUUGUGCCCUAUUGUGCUGUAACGAGGCUAUUUUUGCUUGUUUUGGUUCAGGCUGACCUUCUCUGCUGGUGAGAUGUUGAAUAAAAAAGGUUCUGAAGAAAAGGUGUGAA